GGUUUGUACCAAAGAAGCGGAAAAAAAAGCAAAGCAAUGCCCUCGAGAGGAAACACGCUGCAUUUCGGUCGUAGAUCAGGGUCUAACGGGUUCGAUCCGGUCUACGCGCUACUAACUACAGAGGAACUAACUAACACACGGGCGCGGGCGAGAGUCGGCACUCUGGCCAUCGCCAACCAACAACCCAAAGGAUGUAAGAAGAUUAACGGUGCAAAAGCAAGCGACCCUCGAGGUUUAUCCCGAAAGGGUGCCCUCGAGGGAUGGAUACUUGGGACUCCCUUUCCACGUAAUGACGGGAGGAGAAGCCCAAGUCUCAAAAUUGCAUGCACACGGACGGUGGGCAAAGCGAAACACUAUUUCCCAUCCACACAUAUAACCUUAACCGCCUCCUCUUCUCGCUCAGUAAACUUCAGGCUCUUUCGCCGUAGCAUCUCCGUAUGCUGAACUGCGUUUCCAGAGGGCACCCUCCAUGAUGAGAUAAACUGCGAGCUAUCACCACCUCCAACCGGCCGAGAUGGACUUGGGUGGCAUUCCGGACUUCCAUGGGGGCGCGGAGAUCGGCCUCAACGGGGCGCUGAUUGGGCUCUCGACCCUGCUUUACGGCCUUCGCAUCUGGGUGCGCGUAUACAUGACCAAGUCUCCCGGACUCGACGAUGGGAUAGCCGCGAUAGCCUACGUGCUAUUAGUGGCGCAAUCGGUAUUGGACAUCAACUCCGUGUCGUUCGGGAAUGGCGUACAUAGGAACGAAGUGCCUAAUGAUCUUCUGCCAAAAUUCUUUGAGUCGGUGACCAUUCAAACACUAGUCUACUUCUGGGCGUUGGCCAUGGCGAGGCUCGCUAUACUCGCCUUUCUCCCUCGACUCGCGCAAGACAGGUGCAUUAAUUGGACCGCGUGGACCGUCGCGGCCGUAAUUGUAGCGCAGACGCUCGUCGCGUUCAUAUACAGACUUACCGAGUGUACACCCGUCGCAGAUAAUUUCAAGCCCCCCUUACUCCCGGGGAUGCACUGCGUUGCCCUGGCGUCCCAUAACAAGAUGAUGGUCGGCCAUGCCGUCGUAGGCGUGGCCGUCGACGUGGCCAUCCUCGUUCUGCCCAUCUGGGUGAUAUGCACCAAGAUGAUGUGGUCUAAGAAGACGCUGCAGAUCGUGCUGGUCCUGAGCGUCGGGCUCUUUGCAGCCGCUACCGGCAUCGUCCGCCUCACCAUGAUGACGGCCGAGAACUUCUACGACGAUAUAACAUAUCAGAUGGCGACCCUCGGCAUCUGGACGAACCUAGAAGGCCACGUCGGCCUGUGGUGCGGGUGCUUCCCGGCGCUGCAGCCGAUCCUGCGCGUCUUGCCAGGCAAGAUCAGGUUCCUCGGCACGAUGGACGAGCGCACCAAGCGCACGCGAGAGGGGCCGAGCAGCCACAUGGGCGCCACGGCGAGGAAGGAAUUCGACGCAGGCAGAAGCAGCAUCUACGCGCUAGCCAGCGAAAGCCAGCGGGCGAUCGUGCUGCUCGAGAUGGGGAAGGACGACGCGGCAAGGCGAGACCGGGAGAUGUCCCUUGAGCGGUAGGGUUCGUCUGGUGGGCGUGGGCGUCUUAUCGGAGAGAGCUCAGAGAGCUGGCGGGAGCAGAGAGCGUGUCUGUAGAUUUUGGGAAACGAGCAUGUGCAUUCUUACUGUUAUAGAGGCCCAACAGACCAUCAGAUGUCGCCGUGGAUGUGCCUAUGUGUUCAUGCACGCCUCUUGGUAUUACAUAGGUACCUAUACCUAGUUGUUAAUGAUAUACCUCCUGUCGAACUA